GCUCUGGUCACACUACGUUUCUAUUUACACAAUUCUUUCGUAAUUGAAGUCAUAAUUUAUCAAUGAAUUAAGAUAAGGCGAGAGCCGACAUACCCACAAAUGACUUCUCAGAUCUACAGCCAGAAGAAGUUCGUGCCCACGCCGCCUGAGAAGGGCUCCUUUCCCCUGGACCACGAAGGACUCUGCAAGAAGCAAUUCCUACUCUACGCCAGCUGUCUGCGCAAAAACGCCCAGGAUACGGGACAGUGCCGCCAGGACGCCCAGAACUAUCUGGCCUGCCGCAUGGACAACAAUCUUAUGGAGAGAACCGAGUGGUCCAAGUUGGGCUUCCACGAUCAGAACACAAAAACCGACCAGAAACAGGCGGAGGACCAGAAGCACUAG